AUGAUUGGAAAAUUUCAUAAACCACCAAGAACACCAAGCUCAACAUUAAAUAAGAGUAAUAAAAAGCAUAGAAAAACUUCUACAUAUAAUAAGAAUGCUCUAUCGAAAGUUAUAAAGGGUAAUCUGAAAGAUCAUCAGUCAUUACCAAUUAACAAAUCGAAAACAAAAUACAGCUCCCUUCCUCGAUUACAUAAGAAAAAUAAGAAAGAGAAUAAUUCAAGUAGUCAUACAAUUAUGGAAGAAGACGAUCACCUAGUUACACCUUCAUUAAUAAACAAGUCUUCAGGGUCUAAGAGAGUGUCCUCGAAUCAUCCAAAUCCAGUGUUGACACUAGAAAUGGCUUUGGCUAAUUUUACGAAUAAUAUCUCAGCAUUCUCAAAUGAUCCUUCAGGAAGAGUGAAGAAGCUUAAGGUAAAGAACAUGAAAAAGCUGAACAAAGUUCAGAUUCAACUUCCACCAGCUCUAAACCUACCAAAGAUAGAUAAGGUUUCGACCCCAUCAGAGAUGUCUUUCAAGAGCGAUUAUGAGGGCCUUGACACAGACAGAGAGAUAAGAAAAAUCCUGCUAAAGCAAGCCAAGGUUGUGAACAACAAGACUAUCGUUCGAGAGACCAAAUCUUCCUUGAUCAGGAAAAGAAUGGCUAAAGAGAAUAAAAUGAAGGACUUUGAGCACCAUCAUGAUGUAGGCAUUCGGUAUAGGCAUAAGCUUAACUCCAAGAUUCUGGUUCUUAAUAAGCAGUGCAAUGAUGCCAUGAGAAGUACCUCGAAGUUACAGAAAAUUGUCGGCAAAAUCGAAGAAGUUGUAAAUAGCCUAGACCAACUUAUUAAGAAAUCAGAAAAGGAAAGAAAGCAAAAGAUUACGCUUAAAGAAGGCAUACUCAUUCAACUACAGCAGAGGAAGAUUAAAAAUCGGAGAAAUCUUUCUAAAGUUUCUGAACAAUUAAGGAUGAUGAGCUCGACCGAUUUGAACAAAUAUUAGCAGAAAUUAUCGAAUAUUAAAAGCUCAAAUUU